AUGGCGGCCGUGGCUGCGGAGCCAGGAGCUGCUGCGGCAUCAACAACAGCGGGGGACGGGGUUGAAAUCGAACCAGAGCCAGGCAAGCAUGUGGCCAAACAAGAGGCCGAUUCGUCCCAGGACUACGCGCCAGAAAUGGACCUUUGUCAUCGACCCAAGGAUAUGGAUGCAGUUCAGGAAUGCAGCCAGGUCCAAAUGGAGAUAAGAAGGCCGGACCUACAAGCCGCGGGAAAAGCCCUCGCUGCCCAUGCAGAAGAUGAACAUAUCGAGAUGGGCUGCUCUUGGAGACACGAGGAUAAGACCGGGGAUUACGUUUUAAUGGACUACAAAUUGAAAGACAUUAUUGCCAAGGGUGAGCGUUUGAAAGAACCGUUUUCACCCAGUGUGGAACCUACAAACGAGGUCAGUCCACACGAUUCCAGCGCAUGCCUUUUACCCAGCUCCAUCUCCGAUUCGCAACCAUCGGUGGUGUUUUUGCACUCUCUCCCUGCUCAUCCUUUAGAAACUGAGACAGGACUGUCCCUUGCUGAACCAGCCGAACCUGCGGUCGAAUACUAUCAUAAUCCAGAGUCAACCCAUCCCACAAAUAUCGAGUGUAACUUCAUAGGUUUAAUCAACCCGUCUCAUGAGUCGGAUCAGGAGCCAGAGCCCGCAGACGAUGCUGGUGGUGCAGAAUUGAAGUCCCCGGAAGAUGCUUUACACAAAUGUCCACAGCCUUCAGACCAUCCACAGUCGCUGUCGAUUUUAGAAGACACAUCGCUUAUUGAAUCUGUAGAAAAGGGACACAUAAGUGACUGUUCACCCCUUUCCACUAAGAACUCCCCCGAACUUCCAGUGGUAGUGAAUCAGUCUCUCAUCUCAUCAGAACCAGGGGAUGUACAUUCCCAUCAACAGAGUUUCAGUGAGGACCCUAUUGAAUCUGAGCCCGAAUGCAAACCUCCAGUGCCCUGUAUGGAACGUAGUGAGACACGGCCUGAUACGGUUGAUCAGCUAAUACCCGGGUCUGAGGUUCGGGUCUCAUUGGAUCACAUCAUUGAUGAUGCGCUCGUUGUGUCAUUUCGUUUGGGCGAGAAGAUCUUCUCUGGAGUGCUCAUGGACCUUACGAAAAGGUUUGGACCCUAUGGAAUUCCCAUAACUGUGUUCCCUAAGAGAGAGUACAAGGACAAACCAAAAUCUAUGCAGCUAAAAACAGAAGCAUUCCAGACAGAGAAGGACGGCUCUCAGGAGGCCCCCGAUGCUCCCCCUGAUGAACCUGCCCAGGUCCCUGCGGUACCCAAUCCCAACCCCAACCCCAACCCCAACCCCACCCUCGAGUCCCAGCCCAAUCCAUGGACUUCCAAACUACCGCCCUUGUUUCAGGAGGGCGCCCCUUAUCCUCCCCCAUUGUUCAUCAGGGACACCUACAACCAGUCAUUACCUCAGCCCCCGCCCCGCAAGAUCAGGAGGCCAAAGCGAAGGCUGUACAGAGAGGAACCCACCUCCAUCAUGAACGCCAUCAAACUUCGGCCACGGCAAGUGCUAUGCGACAAGUGCAAAGGUGCCGUGGUGGGGGAGAAACGCGAGACACGCCGUGGCCCCAUCUCAGAUUACCGCUGCGAGGACACCAAACGACGGCGCAAUGACAGUGCAGCUGCCACAGUCGCUGGCAAGCGACCCCGGAGUGAGGGACGUUCGGAGGAGAAAAGCCGAGCGGCUGAUGGGGCCAAGCGGCAAGCUUCAGCCAUUCGUAUGUCCUCCUCCACCUCCUCCUCCUCUUCUUCUCUGGGCCAGGUGAAGGGAGCUGCUGCUGGGAACCGAGUGGUUAAAGGCGUGUCCAACACAACUCCCUCCUCGGCCAACAGCAGCUCCCGAGUCCAGCUCAAUGCCAAGAAAGUGUUGCAGAGCAAAAACGUUGACCACUCAAAGGUGCAAGAGGUACUGAAAAUGGCCAAAGCUCAGAGAAGGCAGAGAGAGUCGGUCACAGGCAACAACAGCAGCAGCAGCGGCACCAAGGCCAUGACGAGGGCUGCUGCUCUCCAGGAAGCCCACCAGAAGGUCCACUUCACCCGACGACUGCAGCAGGUCAGCGGCGGAGGUCCCGGCAUGUCCAACCCUUUGCCGCCCAGGAUGCGCAUAAAGCCCCAAAGGUACCGUAACGAAGAGAACGACUCUUCCUCAUGUAAGCCGCCGCCUUGCUUGGAGAAGGUGUCGGGAGGGGGGCUGUUAAUGCUGCCUAAACCAGCCGCGCCUCGCUGCACCUCCACACGCUCCUCCUCCUCCUCCUGCUCCGCAGGCCAGGCCACCACUGACGCAGAACCCCAGGGCCUCACCACAGCCCUUGAACCGCCUCUGAGCCAAGCCCAGUCUGACCCCAAACCGCACCCCCACCCAGCCCCGGAGCACGGCUCCCCCCAAGCUGAGCCAGAGGAACAGGAGGGGCGGGAGGAGAGGCGGGAGACGCGCGGGAGCAAGGCCGGCAACCUGGUGGUUUACAUGACCCUUAACCCUAGCCAGCCUGACUCCUCUAGUACCUCCAUGUGCAGCAUCGAUAGUGCAGACGAUUUAAAGUCCUCAAACUCUGAGUGUAGCUCGACCGAGACCUUUGACUUUCCCCCUCCCGGUGAUUUGCGAUCAGCCCCUGCCCCAGGCACGUCGUCCGCAAUUGCCACCGCCUCUCCUCCUGCUCCAAAGGAUGAAAAAAAGCGCAGUAAAUCACUCAAAGCCGCUGUCUUUUCCAAAAAUGUCUCUAAGUGCGUCGCCACGGACGGCAGAACCAUUUGCGUAGGGGACAUUGUCUGGGCCAAAAUCUAUGGCUUCCCCUGGUGGCCGGCACGCAUCUUAGCCAUCACAGUGAGUCGCAAAGAUAACGGGCUCUUAGUCAGGCAGGAGGCCCGCGUCUCCUGGUUCGGGUCGCCCACCACGUCCUUCCUGGCCAUUACGCAGCUCGCCCCCUUUCUAGAAAACUUCCAGUCACGUUUCGACAAGAAGAGAAAGGGACUGUACCGUAAAGCCAUCACAGAGGCUGCCAAAGCUGCUAAACAGCUCACCCCAGAGGUUCGCGCCCUGCUUACUCAGUUUGAGACGUGAGGCAGUGUGCCUUGGAAAAGGAAAGCGCUACAACACUGAAGGGCUGCUGACGGGCCCUUUGUCUGGAACACUGCCAUUAAGGGGGAGAGUCCGUAAGACUGGGAGGAGCCGUCCACGGAUGGGGGGGGAGGUGUAACGGAGAAAAUUAUUUUUUAUUUAAAGACGAGAGGAAAAGUUAUAUAUUUAUAAUGAAUUGCUCACUCACUCCACCUCUAUCCUGAUCAAUCAUGCUGAAAAGAAAAAAACAAACAAACAAACAUUAGAUUUCUUCCUUUUGAGGAGUUGUCCAUGUCCAAAGCAUGUUUGAGUAAGGAGACCCUAAUUAUUGAAUGGCACAUGGGUGUCCCUCAUACGCUGAUUAUGAUGAUGGUGUAGGGACAAGGCAUAAGAGAUUACAGGGUUUUUAAAAAGUACUCUGA